GAACCAUGGCACCAGCAGGCGGCUCUCGGGCUCCCGACGCUCAGUGCCGGGUGGUUGUCAAGGCGCAGUGGCUGUAGUCUGUGACUUCCCGUCAACGCGGGUGGACAGUGACAGCGCUGCACUAGUCGGUUCGAUACAAGUAGUGCUUUUUCACCUGCACUGGGAUUUUUGUAUUUGAAAGGGGAAGCUGAGGACUCUUCGCGUUGUUUUCUUUGUGCUGAACUUGGCCUCUGGUGACACGGUGACAUCACAAAAGCUGACGGACAUUCGGAGAGGACGGAUAAGGCCACAGAAGGACAGAAGGAGGAGGACUGCAGUGUGUGUGAGUGGCGGUUGGGGUGACAGCAGAGCACAUGAGGAGCGGACACAGCCUGAGUUCUGCUUCCUGACCCGUUACCCUGAGUCUUUUUCGUGCCCACCUCCCCAUCUCCAGACCUGGGCGUCUCGAGCGAAGAAACCAACGGCCACUCCCGCUGCAGGCAUGAGGUCCUUUCGUUCCUUCAGUAACGAUGACCGCCACGUCAUGGCCAAGCACUCGACCAUCUACCCCUCCUCUGCUGAGCUGGAGGCCGUGCAGACGCUAGUGUCCACAGUGGAAUGCGCCCUCAAGCACGUCUCUGAUUGGCUGGACCAGAGCAACGGCAAUGGGGAAGUGUACAACCAGGUGGACAGCCAACCAGCAGAAAGCACAGAGCAAGAAGAGGCAGAGCCAAGUGACGAGGCGAGAGAUGAGACGGAGGAACCUGCUGAAGGAUACAGGGAGCCCAGUGGUGGCGGAGGCGUGCUGUGUGGUGUGAUGAGGAUCGGCCUGGUGGCUAAAGGCCUGCUGAUCAAAGGAGACAUGGAGCUGGAGCUAGUGCUGAUGUGCCGAGACAAACCCACACAGACUCUGCUGGACACUGUCUGUCACAGUUUACCCGCUCAGAUUCAGAAGCUGACAGAAGAGAAAUAUGAGGUCACAAGCUGUUUGCCCGAGGCCGCCAUCUUGGUACAAACGACGACAGAUCCCAAACUCAAUCUGAAGAUCACGCUCACCUCGCCUGCCAUGAGAGACGACCUGGAUGAUGAAGAGCUAGAGGAGGAAGAGGAGGAGGUGGAGGAAGAAGAGGAGGCGGAGGAGGGAGAGGAAGGAGUGAGGGUGGAAGAGGAGGCUGUGCAGGAGGAAGAGGAUCAGCCGGACAUGAACAAUGGCCUAGUGUUUGGGGCUGCUGCGCUCAGAGUGGAGGCUGAGGAGGAGGAGGGGGAGGUGCUGGAUAGACACAGAUGUCUGCUGGCCCUGGCAGCGCUGCGACACGCCAAGUGGUUCCAGGCUCGAGUGAACGGGCUCAAGUCCUGCGUUAUAGUUCUCAGGAUACUUAGGGACAUGUGCAAUAGACAUCCUGCUUGGGAACCUCUCAAGGGAUGGCCCUUGGAGCUUAUUUGUGAGAAGGCCAUAGCGACCUGUAAUAGGCCUCUGGGGGCCGGAGAAGCACUGCGUCGCGUCAUGGAGUGCCUGGCCUCAGGCAUCCUGCUGCCAGGUGGCCCCGGCUUACACGACCCCUGUGAGAAGGAGCCCACAAACACUCUGGCCCACAUGACUGACCAGCAGGCGGAGGCCAUCACCUACAGCGCACAGCAUGCUCUCAGGCUUAUGGCUUUUGGGCAAAUCUACAAAGUUCUGGAGAUGGAUCCUCUUCCGAACAACAAGCCCUUACAGAAGUUCCCCUGGUCAGAUAAAGAAGGUUUAGGGCUGAAGAGGCCCUUUGAGGACAGUAUGAUGGAUGACAAGGACCUCAUCAAGAAGAUGAAGAGAAACCUGCGGAAAGUCCUGGACAGCAAAGCCAUAGACUCCAACCAGCCAAUGAAUGCCCUGAUGCGCUUGAACCAGAUCCGGCCGGGGCUGCAGUACCGUCUGCUGUCCCAGUCGGGCCCGGUUCACGCUCCGGUCUUCACCAUGUCUGUGGACCUGGACGGAACCAUCUAUGAGGCCUCAGGCUCUUCCAAGAAGACUGCCAAGCUCCAUGUCGCCGUAAAAGUUCUUCAAGCAAUGGGAUACCCCACAGGGUUUGACUCAGACUUGGACCCCUUGAGUUCAGAUGAGAAAUCAGACGGAGAGGGGAAGAGCGAGUCAUCUACUCAUUCAAGCAAUAACCCCACACACUCCUCAGACAGUUCAAACACACUAGAGGUGAGAACUCAGGGUCCCAUACUGACGGCAAGUGGGAAGAAUCCGGUCAUGGAGCUGAACGAAAAGAGGCGAGGUCUCAAAUACGAGCUGAUCUCGGAGAGCGGAGGCAGCCAUGACAAACGGUUUGUGAUGGAGGUGGAGGUAGAUGGACAGAAGUUUCGUGGGGCUGGCCCCAACAAAAAGGUAGCAAAGGCCAGUGCUGCUCUAGCAGCUCUGGAAAAACUGUUCUCUGGGCCCAACGCAGCAGCAAACAAGAAGAAGAAAAUCCUGCCUCAGGGUGUUUAUUCCCAGACCAAGAGUGCGUUGGCAGCAGCAGCCGCAGCCUCGGCGGUGGCAGCGCAGGUCGCCAGAGGACGAGGCCGAGCGGCUCUGGCCAGAGGGGCCUUUGUGAGCGCAGCAGCUCCGGGCUAUGUCACGCCAGGUUUUGGAACUCCGUAUGGAUACAGUCCUGCUGCAGCUGCUGCCCCUGCCUAUGGCGGCCUCUUCAUCGACAAUCCCUUCUACCAGCCCCGGACCCUGGCCCCCUUCAUCAUCCACCUGGGCCCACAGGAUCUCUUCUCUGACUUCUAGACUCUGCUGUGGGGUGAAGCGGACUGGCCUCUGCUCUCCUCGCCCGCCUGGCAGACUGCGGGCCGCCUUUUUAAUCCAGCUGAACCAUUUGAGACUAAACCUGACCAGCUGGACGCACUCAUGGCCCGGUAACGGCAGCAACCGGACCUACUGACCAUGACGCUUUUGAGUUUUGUUUUCCCUCGGGCUGAUUAUCACGUCGGAGGGCCGGACUUUACCAGAAGCAAUACUUGGAAAUGGGGAGUACAAUGUUGCUGCAACCCUUAACAGACUGAUUUCUGUCUUUCUUAUAGCAAUACAUGGAACUUCUUAUUAAGGAGAUGUGAAUGUCUAAUGGAUUUUACCCAACACAGCAUCGCAAUAUCUCAUUUGAUUGUAUACUCAUUGUAUGUGUGGUACGUGUGGCUAUAUACAGUACAGACUAUAAACACAUAUAUGUAUGGUGUAUGUUUCUAUAAUGCCGUGUUAACAAUAAUAUUACUAUAUGAUGUAUUUAUGUAAAUACGCUAUCAAAUCUUAUUAUUGUUGUUAUAAAUUAUUUUAGGAUUAUAAAGUGAAAUGUAUCUGUAAUAUCACAAUAUAGCUUUCUUCCAAUUUUAUAUACACUGAGCAAUUGAAGCUAGUCCUAGGAGAUGCAAUAUUUUCGUUGUGAUCCCUUUCGACCUCUGCUGUUAGAUGUAGACUUGUACGCACAGGGAAGAAUAGCGGACCAGAGUGAGUUAAGUUCUUGGAUUCCUGGGUCUGAAAACCUCUCAAUAGAUUGUGUAAGGACAGAUGUGUGCAAAAAACUGUUACUUAAUGUUGCCACGAACACAUGUUUUGGUUUGUUUUACUACACAUAUGCAGAACGUACCUGCAUGAAACAAUCCAUAAAUGGUCAUUACAAUUAAAAAAUACAAAAAUAUGCCUCAUCAGUUAUACAUUUUGAUGGUAAUUAAUUUUGUGUCAACUAUGAUUUAAAAAUUUGCCAGCUUCAUUUUGUGUUCACUGGUCCACUAUUCUUCCACUGUUGUAGUACAUACAGUAAUGCUUUCUUUCUCUGUGUCCUUCAGAUGUCUCUUGUAUCUUUGAUGUCUUUCUGAGCCUUUCUGAGCAUGCUCUCUGUGGCCUUGGGUUUGUUUACAUGUAACCUGGCACAGAGGCGCUCCUCAUGUCCACAGCCCAGCCCCACCUGUGCACUCUCCCUUUUCCCGUCAGAAAGCACACUUUCUAUAGCCUCACUGCUGGCAGGAGACAUGUUGGUGUCACAGAUAUCUGAGUGUACGUGUAUAUGCUCCCAUGUCUCCGCCAUUAACUCAGUAAUCGUCACAUAUAGAGCCAUGGUCCGCUCUGCCCAUGACCUCCAGGAGCACAAGCACAGCCCACUGUCAGACAUUACUGUCACUUGUAUUGCAAACACACACCUACUGUCCCACUGCCCUGUACCAGCCUGGCUCCAGCUUUAACCCAAUGACCAUAUUCAAAUGUGCAUGACCUGAAAGAGAAGCUAUACUCUACUUUUGAAUGUAAUCUAAUGUAAUCUUGAGCAGGGAAAGAAUAAGUUAGCUAUUCUACUUGGUAAUGUUUUGCAUUGUGUUUCACGUGUAAUUUAUGGAUUUUAAAGGGAUAAUUUAUAGCUCCUUUUGCCAAGCUAAUAUUGUCUUUUGAGAUUUACAAGUAAAGCUAAUAUGCUAAUAUGUAGUAUGCCCCAUUGUGGUACAUCCAUUUUUAGAAAGUAAAGGAAACAAACGUUUGGACGGGCAGCAGGGAUGUAACUGAAAAUGGAGUGUGAAUUCAUUUACAUUUACAAUUUAGAAACUGAUUUACAGUUUUAAAAUUGGUACUCCCCAUGGCUCCAUGUAGGGCACCUUUUCAUUUUAGUGGUCAAAUGUAUGUAUUUGUCUGUAAUGUGAGUGUGAACAGCUCUCAAACCCCAUGUCACUUCUAUUUAAAAGAUGUUUUUGCUAUAA